AUUCAAAACCCUAUAAAUUCGACCCCAAUUCUCCAACCUCUCCAUAUCAUAUCACAGACCCCCAAAAUUCUCAAAACCCUUAAAUCGAAUUUCAACUCCAUCUUCUUCUUCUUCCCCAAAAUGCCUGCAAUUCCAGAAGAGCCGCUGCUAAUGGCCAACCCGGACCGGUUCUGCAUGUUCCCCAUUCAGUACCCGGAGAUCUGGGAAAUGUACAAGAAGGCCGAGGCGUCGUUCUGGACCGCCGAGGAGGUCGACCUCGACCAGGACCAGCGCCACUGGGAGACCCUAACCCCGGGGGAGAAGCACUUCAUCACCCACGUCCUCGCCUUCUUCGCCGCCUCCGACGGCAUCGUUCUCGAGAAUCUCGCCGGCCGCUUCAUGAAGGAGGUACAGGUCUCGGAGGCGCGUGCCUUCUACGGCUUCCAGAUCGCGAUUGAGAACAUCCACUCCGAGAUGUACAGCCUUCUUCUCGAGACCUACAUCAAAGACUCGGACGAGAAGAGCCGUCUCUUCCGGGCCGUCGACACCAUUCCCUGCGUCGCCAAGAAGGCCCAGUGGGCCCUGCGCUGGAUCGACGGCUCCGAGACGUUCGCGGAGCGCAUCGUGGCCUUUGCCUGCGUGGAGGGGAUCUUCUUCUCGGGGAGCUUCUGCGCGAUAUUUUGGCUAAAAAAGCGCGGGUUAAUGCCCGGUCUGACCUUCUCGAACGAGUUGAUCUCGCGAGAUGAAGGCCUCCACUGCGACUUCGCGUGCCUGCUGUACUCGCUCCUCCGGAUAAAGCUCACCGAGGAGCGCGUGAAGUCAAUCGUCCGCGACGCGGUUGAGAUAGAGAGAGAGUUCGUGUGCGACGCGUUACCGUGCGCCUUAGUAGGAAUGAACGGUGAUCUGAUGAGCCAGUACAUCGAGUUCGUGGCUGAUAGGCUGGUGGGUGCGUUGGGAUACGGGAAGAUCUAUGAUGUGCAGAACCCGUUUGAUUGGAUGGAGCUGAUUAGUCUUCAGGGGAAGACUAAUUUCUUUGAGAAGAGAGUUGGGGAGUACCAGAAGGCCUCAGUCAUGAACAGCAUUAGUGGAAAUGGUGGCAACCAUGUGUUCAAGAUGGAUGAGGAUUUCUAAAUUAGGACUUUUCUUUUAUUUUUAUUUUUUUAGAUUUACAACUUCUGUUUUGUUCAAUUUGUUAUUCUGUGCCUUCAGAUAUAUGAUAAAUGAAAAUUUUCAAUACUUUGUUCCUAGUC